CUGGUGUGUGACAUUCGCAGAGACGUCCUUUCACCACCAUGACUGCUGUUUGCUUCUCAUAUUAACAACCUGCUCGUCUUUGUUCCCAUCGUCUGCGGCCCUUUCCUCGCAAACCUGUCUGUAUGCUUGCCAGCCCGACUCCGCCGACCUUCAAUGACCCCAAAGGCUAUCAAUUAUCUCAUCCUCUUGCAAGCCCUCGCGGCUUGUUUAAAUGGCCCUUAGCCUGCUCUAUCCUCAUUGAUCUUGCAUAAAUCGCUCUGUCAACGGCUUCCGUUUGCUUCUGCAGUUCCCCUUCGGUCCGCGCGUGGUUCUUACUCGAAUCCAUCUUCUCACGAGCGGGCUCCGAUAAGCCAAGUACUUUAUCAGAGCCUUGCUCGCCCUCCACCAAUCCUGUCACUGCGCUGUCGUGUGACUUGUUGAGGUUACUGUCAGCCUUGACAAGUUUCAUGCCGGCUUUGCAACCACGUAUCUCCGGCCUUCGUUCACUGGCUUGAUAACUCAUCCAUCGACGCCUGCAGUAGCAGGAGGCUAGCCCUGCCGAUCGCAAGGACCGUUAUCUGGAACUCUUGCUGCCCACGCUGGUGACCUCAAUCAAGGAGUCCGCCCGCGUACCAACAGAAUUUAGACAGCCAUGGCGGUAGCCAUACAACCGGCUAUGCCAGCACAUCCCACAACAGACAGUCCAGUGUCAAUUGCCGCAGCCCGACCGCAGCCCAAACGCCGCAUGUCUGGGAAGGAAAAUCUACCCCAAGGAAAGUCUACUUCAGCAUCUGGAGUCUCCAACGUCAGAGCCAGGAGGGAGAGACCCUGCGACGCGUGCAGAAGGAGAAAGUCUCGCUGCGUCAUCCACGAAGGGGCGGUGUUGUGUGUGCUGUGUGAGUUUCACAAGCAAGAGUGCACAUUUGUGCAAGACCCUCAGCCUCGAAAGCGCAAGGUCACGGGGGACGCCGACAAACAGAAGGAGGGAGGUAGUCCCAAGAAAAGAUCCGUCGAUCCAACAACCAUAGUGACGCCAAAGCUGCCCCCCCAAAAGACGCCGAACUCUCGGCCUAUCUUUUGCAAUCCAAUUCAAGGACCGCCUGCCCACGUGGAGAGUCAUGUCCUGGGCGAGACGUUGGGUCUUCAGCGCAGCAGACAUUCACGAUAUAUUGGCCUAACCUCACCCUUUGACCCUGUCUUGGUCGGGCUGUCGCAAUUCGACUCGCGCGGGGAAAGUAUCCUCAACGUAGGGACGCUCCGCAAAGUCAACGAUCAAGAGACUUUCAUUAUGGUCUCAGACGAAGAGACUGGCGAAUACGGGACUGACAGCGAGGCUGUAGCAGAGAUUACCCGAAUAGUUUCGCCUCAUGGGCAGGCCUUGAUUGAUUUGUACUUCCGCAUCGUACACCCCUCUUUUCCUAUUGUACAGAAGCAUGUCUUCCUCGAGAGAUACAGAACCAGUCUGCCAAACGUCUCACCACCGCUGCUGGCUGGCAUCUACAUCUUAGCCCUUAAUUGGUGGUCACAUGAUCCGAGCCUUGCAAACAAACCUCGACCUGACAUCCACCAGCUAGAGUCCAUAGCAUCACGAACCCUCGCUGCCGCCAUGCAGCGGCCGAAGCUGUCAACGGUGCAAGCCGGUCUGCUCUUGCUCCAACGACCAGAGGCUGAUUCUUGGAGUCUUACCACGCAGCUUGUCGCGAUUGGCCAGGAACUUGGGCUCCAUCUAGACUCGUCUGCUUGGUCGAUACCCUUGUGGGAACGCGGGAUCAGAAAGCGCAUCGCCUGGGCUCUAUAUAUGCAGGACAAAUGGAGUUCGUUGAUACACGGCCGGCCGUCGCACAUUUUCAGUGCCAACUGGGCCGUCAAAGAGAUGAACGAAGCAGACGUCACGGAGGACGCACAAGUCAACCCAAGUUUCGUGAAUGAAAGCGACGAGGAGAAGAAAGACAUAGAGCAGGGCUUGCUUCUUUUCACCCAGAUGAUAUCCCUAACAGCCAUCAUGGCAGAGAUCAUGGACACUUUUUACACCCAAGCCGCUAUACAAGACUUCGCGAACGCAGGAAAGAACUCGACCAGACUGAUCCUCGAACGAGCCAAGCCUGUGCAGAUCAAGCUCAAAGACUGGUUUGCAAAACUGCCGGCGAAUCUGCGUAUGGACAACGUCAAGCCGAAGAAGCUGUCGUCCACGGGCUUUCUGCAUCUCGCAUACUUUGCCACCGAAAUUACACUGCACCGUCGCAUAGUUCAGUCUCUCAGCGAGUCCACGUCCGACCCGUAUCUCUCGUACAUCUGCCGCUCGGCCGCGAAAACACGACUGAUCUCCGCCAUGGACUUUGUCAACAGACUUCGGCCCGAGCAUCUCCAGGCGUUCUGGUACUUCCCGUCCAAGAUCAACUUCACCCUGAUCGGCACAUUCGGCGGUCUGCUGUGGGCGACAGCGCCGGCGAAGGAGGAGGCCGAGUUCUACCGCAUGCGCCUUCGCGAGUACAGGUGGACGCUGAGCGUGAGCAGCGAGCGGGCGGAAUUCUUGGAGUACGCGGUGCAGAUGCUGGACACGUCGCGGUCGAUGUUGAAGAACCUGGCGGAGAAGCCCGCCCUCGCGCAGACCCAAGUCAGCAGCGCUGGCGUCCCCGAUCGAACCGCUGUCGCACGGUCCAGUCCGUCCGGCUCGACAUCGACCCAGCGAGGCCCCAACGAGAUGAAGGACGACGAGAUGGGAGAAGCACCGCCCGCUUCGAGCUUGUCGCGCGUGACCAGCGCGAGCGCGUUCAGCGGCUUCUCCAACGAUGCCAUGGAGAUCUCCACCAACGAGGGCAGUGUAGGUGGCAGACGGACUCCGAACACACCGCCGUCAAGCGUGGGUUGAGGAAGCACCGGGACAUGCUGGCAAUUUGCCAAAAAAAAAACCAAGGAUUUAGCGAGCUCCUAUUUUUUGUACCUUUUUCUUUCCGUCUUUCAUCAAACAGAACUUCAUCUCAUAUUUUUUUUUCCCUCUAUUGAUGAUACUGGCGCAUAAUACAUUCGGGUUAUGAUGGGUGCGCUCAGCUGUAAUAGACAUGAUACCAUUGUCUCUAUUGGAGGAUACGAAGGACACGACCCUAGAGAAUUUUGGAGGAGGGGAGGUGGGGUAGACAGUAUCUUGUGCAGCGCGACAUGAGCGUGCACAACAUCGCUGUAAUGAGUACGAACCACGCACAUAGAACUUGGGACAAUGCGACACGUCUUGUCUGCGCACCAAAAUAGAUUUGCAUCUUAC